AAAAAGUAAAUAUGCGUGUGUAUGUUUAACACGCUCAUAUAAAUAUAAUUAUCAGACAGAAAUACAGUCAUUACUGUGUGUGUUAAUUAAUAAAUUGUGUGCUGUGCAGCUCAAAUCAACUCAACUCAACCAGAGUGAAGUAACUAGGAUAAAAAGUAAUACGCUGUCUCACACACUCACACACACACAGAACACUAUGCCCAAGCUGAAAUCAACUUCAAAGCCUUCAAAGUCAAUGUUUAUUCAUACUACUACUACUACUAUGACUGUGACUCUUCUUCUUCUAUUCGCUUCAUUUUUUCUCCUCAUAUGUAUAUUAUUAGAAUAUCAACUAACUAUUCAUGAAAUUAUUCUCACUUAUUAUUAUAUUCAACAUGAACAGAUCUCUGAUCCACAAAUAAUACAUGAACAGAAAUUGAUUACACAAGACACAUGUAAAAGUAUUUGUCAACGUAUCCCUAAAAUUUCUAAAAGUCAAUUAAAAUCUUAUGGAAAUAUUUCAGAAAUGUUAUCUCCUAAAUUUAAUGCAAAUUUACAAGCAUUAUCAAACCUGAGUUAUCCUCAUUUAUCAGGUGGUGCAUGGAUAUACAAGGCGAUGGAGGAUAAUGAGGGGGAAUCAGAAGAAGACGACGACGACAACACUGACGUCAGUGAGGAUAGAUAUUGUGAUGUACUACCAGAGGAUGGUGUAGCUAUCAUUAUUCCAUUUCCUCCAAAUCAAGCAGCGGAACGGCAACAACUCUAUGCCACAUUGUCUACACUGAUACCGCUAUUACAAAGACAACGUUUAUGUUAUCGAAUUUUUGUGAUAGAAUCACUUAGUUAUAUUAACAGUGAUGAUAAUAAUAAUAAUAAUUAUAAUUAUAAUAAAGGUAAAUUAUUAAAUGUUGGUUUUGUAGAAGCCAUGAAGUUGUUUCAAUUCCACUGUGUCCUAUUUCACGAUUUCAAUUUAGCACCAGUGAAUUAUUAUAAUUCUUACCAAUGUGAUACAAUGACGAAAUAUUCAAUGAUACAUUUAAGUAUGGCAGUUAAUAAUAAUAAUAAUAAUAAUCUCAGUAAAUUUAAACCUCCUUAUACAACAUCCUCAUCGUCCGCCUCCACAUUAUCAUCGUACAGGAAUAAUGGUGUUGUUAAAUUAACCGCCAAAAAUUUUAUAACUGUCAACGGGUAUUCUAAUGUUUAUUGGAAUGCAUAUAACGACAUAGAAUACCAUUAUGACUUUAUUAAACGUCUUAAAACUAUUAAUGUUGAGUAUAGACAUGUCAAUGAAAAGAUUGGACAAUAUAUGCUUACAUCAUCAAGUAAAAAGUGGGAGAAUACGCCGCAACUCAACGGGAAUAAUAAUAAUCAUAACAAUAAUAUGAACAUUAAUCACUUACAAGUAACUGAAAGUACAGAAAGUCGAAUGAAUUAUGAUGGAUUAAACAACUUGGCGUAUAAGGUGAUUUCUCGAUUAGAAGAACCAUUUUUCACGUAUAUUUCAGUGCUGAUUUAGUUAUGAUUAUUUUGUCAUUGUAUAUAUACACGCAUAUAUCCAUUUUAUUCCUUGACCCCUUGUAUGAAAUUUUAAAUUGUAAAUCAAGAAUUACUGUCUAUUAUUUUUUUAUUUGUUUAAGAAUAAAUUUCUGAAUGUAUAUUCUUAUCUAUAAAAA